UAUGGAUUAAGAUGAAUAAACACCUUAUGUAUUUACAGAGGUCUGUCCCUAGUCGAUAUUUUGUAAAGAUAACUCUUGCUAACUAAAUCAUUCCAGAGUAUUUGUUGGAGUUUGUGUAGAAUAUUUAAGGAAUGAGCAAAAGUUUUAUGAUGAAGGAGGUGACGAGUAUGAAAAAUUAAGAUGCAAUAAUAAAGAUUGUAAUUUGUGGCACUUUAAAAAUGACAAGUUUAGCUUGUCUAAAUAGACGAUAAAUGGUAUAUUUCCUCACAAUCUAUGCCCCAAGAGCUGUGGAUCUGAAAAUUGUGGAUAUUUACACAGAGCCUGGGCUGAAAAAGUGUGUUUUGAUCAAAUUCUAAAAGGCAGUUGUAGAAAAAAACAAUGUGAUUUUGAACAUGUGAAAUGGGAGUUGAACACAUUAAAAGAAAGAGCGAGAUCUUGUUCAUUGAAUCAGGACACUACUCCAGAAGAUUUAUGUGAGAAAGAAAAGUGUAAUUGUGGUAAACAUCCUCCUUGGUUAAAUGAUUAUUGCAUACUUUAUCUGAAGGGAUUGUGUCCACGUAAAAAGUGCAUUAAAAAUCAUACCGAUUGGGAAAAAAUAAACACAAAAAUAAAUUAAAAGAAUGCUGUAAAGUCUUGUAUCACCAUCGCUCAAGAAAGAAAAAAAAAAAUUCAUACUACUCCUGAAUUCAACGAAAUUUAAUUAUUAUGCGAAAAAUCAGAGUUUGAGCAUUAUAAAAAGUGGUUUUAAGAAUAAAAUAUGAUUGAUGUUGUUAUUAUUAUGGAUUUAACUGGGUCUAUGAAGCCUUGGAAGGAGACAAUGCAGUAGACGAUAGCGAAAAUAAUAGAUUAAUUUUUAAAUUCUAUCAAUGGAUAUCAAGUUAGAGUGGCUUUUAUAGGAUACAGAGAUAUAUGGGAUAAUGAGGAAAAACUUGUUUAUUGGAGUUUUACUAAAAAAAUUCCUGAAAUUUAGGAGUACAUUUCAAAAUUAGAAGCUAAGGGAGGAGAUGAUGAAGCAGAGGAUAUAGUCUCUGCUUUUGAGUUAGCUUUGAAACUUGAUUUUUCUCAUAAUCCUGAUAGCAUACUAUGUACUUUUUUAAUUGCAGAUGCUCCUUGUCACGGUAGAGAAUAUCAUAACAUUGAAUCAGACCACUUAAUUGAUAAGAUGCCUAAGCAUUAUUUCUAAGAUGUUUUGGAAAAAUAUAAAUAAAUCAAAAAGAAUAACUUUUUAUGUUGUGUUAAAAUCAACAAUCGAACAGACAUUAUGUUUCAAAAAAUGAAAGCAGUCAUACCUAUGAUGAUAAUAACAGCAGAAAAAAAACCUGAAGAUUUAUUCGAGGUAGUUGGAUUUACAUUACGUAUGUCUGUAACAGAAUCAAAGAAGCUAAAAUCAUAAAUUAAUAAUCAAAUCUAAUAUUUUCAAGCAGAGUUUGAAAAACUUAAAUUAGACACUCUCUCUGAAGGAUAAGAUGAUGAAUAUUGGAAAAAUUAUGUUGCUAUGAUUGAAUCCAUGAAAAGAAAAGGUAUCACAGGGUUAAAAGUAAUAGUAGAUAAAAAGGAAUUAAAUAAAGAAAAUGAUAAUUCAUCUACAUAUAUAUUUAAAGCUUUUGAUGCCAUAAAUAAUAGGGAGAUUAUUAUUAAAAUUCCAAAAAAACUUGUUGAUAACCAAGGUAAGAUCAGUGAUUAAGAAAUCUCAGAAGCUGAAGAACUUGCAUAAACAAGAUUUUACUCAUCCGGCUACGCUUGUCAAAUGGCAUAUUUGUUCAACUAGAAAUUAAAAGUAAGUAAUUUGCUUAAUGAAAUGCAACCUAUUUUUUAUGCUCACCCAAUUUUGUAUACCUUAGAUAGACCAUUUUUUGGAAUGACAAAAGUUUAUGGAGAAACUUAUUUGCAGAUUCAAUUCAAAUUUGAAAAAUAUACAACCAACAGUUCUUAUAUCGAAAAGGAUAAAUAUUUUUAUUCAGCAUUUAGCCAUUUUACAUACUAAAUUAGUAAUAAAAUUUUGGUGAUUAUGGAUUUGCAAGGGUGUAAUAAUAUCUUUUCAGAUCCAUCUAUCUAAACCGAUCAGAGUUGGAGUUCGAUUUUAGAUAAAGAUGAGACAAAUAGAAAAAAUAAAGGAAUUGAAGAGUUUAAAUUGACAUAACAUAAAGAUUGCAGUUAUUUAUGUAAAAAAUUAAAUCUCCCAGAAAUUAAUUAAAAUUCCAAGAUUAAUGAAAAUAAAUGUCCAAAAGAAUUAAUUAGCAAUAUUAAUGGAAUUUGUUAUGAUUGCGAUGAAUUUGUUAAAGGUGAUAUGGAUUAAAUUAAAAAUUUGAAAGACAAGAAGUUUAAAUUUAAUUGCAAUUUCUGUUUAACUGAGUAGAAUAAUUAAAUAAAUUAAGAAUGCAAAUGUUGUUACUAUAUAUUCUAAACUCCUCUUAAUAACUAGAUAAAAUAAUUAACAAAUUUGGGUUAAUGUAUUGAUUGUAAAUCUAAAUGCUAAGGGUAAAAGAAUUUGUGCCAUUAUUGUAAGAGAAGUUGUCAAAAGAUUAUGAAACAGUUAAAUAUUAAUGAUUAGGUGUUGUAUAUUUGUGAAAAUGCUCUAGAAUAUCUCUAAGCACUUAAAUGUAAAAAAUGCAAUAAACCGUAUAACAAAAAGUCCAUAAUUUCACUGGAGGAUUAUAAUGGGAAAUCAUUUUCCUGUUGUUGAAAGUAUAACACUAUGUGUUAAUCAAAUCAUAUUACAAUU